UUUCCCACCUUCGGUCGCUCCAAACCCGAAACGAGAGAGAGAGAGAGAGAGAGAGAGAAGGGCGACACGAUCAUGGCGAGCCUCGGCUCUCCUUCCCUACCCGUCUCCAAUUCCCGUCCUCGUCCUCGUCGCAACCGCGGAGCUAGCCUCGACUCCGGCCGCAUGAAAGCCAUCUCGAUGCCGAAACGUCUCGCCUCCCCUCGGUUCGGUCCAAUUGGGUACCGCCACAUUCGCUGCUUAACGGAUUCGCCGAAAGAGAUCGGCUCAGCGAAGCGACCGUCUGAUCUCGUGGUUGCCGCUGCCACCGCCCAAGAACCCGAAGUUCGCACCGGAAUGUGGAAUUGGCGAGGUUAUCGUGUUCGUUAUCAGUCUGCUGGAGAUACAGGCCCAUCAUUAGUUCUAAUUCAUGGUUUUGGGGCAAACAGUGACCACUGGAGAAAAAAUAUUUCUGUCCUUGCAAAAUCAAAUAGAGUUUAUUCAAUUGAUCUAAUUGGUUAUGGUUAUUCUGAUAAGCCAAAUCCACGUGAGAUUGGUGUGAAUUCGUUCUAUACAUUUGAGACAUGGGCAGAUCAGCUGAAUGAUUUUUGUGCUGAUGUGGUCAAAGAUCAAGCAUUCUUUAUAUGUAACUCCAUUGGGGGAGUUGUUGGCCUUCAGGCAGCAGUUAUGCAGCCUCAGAUCUGCAAGGGUAUCAUUCUACUGAAUAUUUCCUUAAGAUUGCUCCAUAUAACGAAGCAGCCUUGGUAUGGAAGACCUUUUAUAAGGUCAUUUCAGAGCCUUUUGAGGAAUACAGCUGUUGGAAAGCUUUUCUUCAAGGCAGUUGCCACGCCAGACUCUGUUAGAAGCAUUCUUUGCCAGUGUUAUCAUGACACAUCGAUGGUGACAGAUGAACUAGUUCAGAUUAUCCUGCAGCCAGGACUUGAACCUGGUGCAGCUGAUGUAUUCCUCGAGUUCAUCUGCUAUUCAGGUGGUCCUCUGCCUGAAGAAUUGCUUCCAAAAGUGAAGUGUCCGGUUUUGGUUGCGUGGGGUGACAAGGACCCAUGGGAGCCUGUUGAACUUGGAAAACUGUAUGCGGAGUUUGGUGUAGUAGAGGAUUUUGUCAUCCUCCCCGAUGUCGGCCACUGCCCACAGGAUGAAGCUCCAGAUCUCGUGAAUCCCUUGAUUCAAUCAUUUGUCGAGCGGCAUACGCCAUGAAACGUAUGUGCUCGCUUCUGAUUUCUGAUAUAUAUUUUUUUCUCUCCCACCAUAAGCAAUAUUCCUAAAUGUUCAUAGCACAAUUUUUCACUAGACCACCAGAAGUUGAGAGAGAACUUUCCUGAGACUGAUACCUCAGUUACGUGAACUUGAGUUUAAUAGAUUUUGAAUUCUUUCGUUGUUC